GUCGCCCAGGCUGGAGUGCAGCGGCACAAUCUUGGCUCACUGCAAGCUCCACCUCCUGGGUUCACGCCAUUCUCCUGCCUCAGCGUCCCGAGUAGCUGGGACUACAGGCGCCCGCCACUACGCCCGGCUAAUUUUUUUGUAUUUUUAGUAGAGACGGGGUUUCACCGUGUUAGGAUGGUCUCCAUCCCCUGACCUCUUGAUUCGCCUCCCAAAGUGCUGGGAUUACAGGUGUGAGGCACCGCGCCCGGCCAUAGCACUCUCUCUUACUGGUGCCUAGCACAUGCUGCCUUGUCCCUAAUCGGCAGCAAUUUUAUGUGACUGCUUUGUGCAUCUCUAAGGAACCUCUGUUAAACAAUUGUUGAUUUUUUUUUUUUUAAGACUGAGCUUGGGCCAGGUGAGAUGGCUCACGCCUCCCAGCACUUUGGGAGGCUGAGGCAGGUGGAUGACUUGAGAUCAGGAGUUCCAGACCAGCCUGGCCAUCACGGCGAAACCCCGUCUCUACUAAAAACACAAAAAAAAUUAGCCAGGCAUGGUGGCGUGUACCUGUAAUCCUAGCUACUCGGGAGGCUGAGGCAGGAGAAUCGCUUUAACCUGGGAAGGCGGAGGUUGCAGUGAGCCGAAAUAGCGCCACUGCACUCCAGCCAGGGCGACAGAGUGAGACCCUGUCUCAAAAAAAAAAAAAAGAAAAAGAAAGACUAAGCUUGGCCAGGCGCGGUGGCUCAUGCCUGUAAUCCCAACACUUUGGGAGGCUGAUGCCGGAGGGUCACUUGAGCCCUGGAGUUCCAGGCUGCAGUAAGCCACGGUCAGUGCACUCCAGCCUGGGCGACAGAGCAAGACCCCGUCUAAAAAAAUAAAUAAAUAAAACAGUAAAAAGGCUAGGCUUAUACCACAGAGUCUUCAAGGUCCCAGGCCCUCUCUAUCUCAUGCUCCGCCAUAUACAGCACUGGCCCUCGGGUCAGGAUAGUGUCAUCACUCCACUGUCCAGCCAGAAGGAAGGAGAGGCAUCCAUAUUCCCUGUCCAUUUAGCUGUAAGAGAAGCUGGAAAAUGGCCGUGAGUCGGUCUCGUGUCCAGUUAGAACGAACUCAUCAGGGUGCGCAUCUCCAGUCUUCUGUUCCGGCAAGGAGAAAGCAUUCGUAUCAUUUCUAGCUUCUCAAGCCCUACUGUUUCAGCUAUCCUCAUUAAAGAGGAAUCAGCAGUCGAAGGAACAGCGGGCCAAGCGCAGUCGUGACGUGGCGUUCAGAGAGCGGAAGUUGUCAGAUUUCACCGGGCCGUAAAGCGCGCUGGCUGUGUCAUCUUCCGGUUAGCGACAACGGCUCUGACCGUCUGGCAGGCCGCGUGGCGCCCGCGCCGGCCUUCUUGCACGGGACUCCACCGGAGCCUUGCCAAUUCCGUUUGUUUCCCUGUUGUCGCCCGCUUCACCCUGGAUCAUGUUCAAGAAGUUUGAUGAAAAGGAAAGUGUGUCCAACUGCAUCCAGUUGAAAACGUCAGUUAUUAAGGGCAUUAAGAGCCAACUGGUAGAGCAAUUUCCAGGUAUUGAACCAUGGCUUAAUCAAAUCAUGCCUAAGAAAGAUCCUGUCAAAAUAGUCCGAUGCCACGAACAUACAGAAAUCCUUACCGUAAGUGGGGAAUUACUGUUUUUUAGACAAAGAAAGGGGCCUUUUUGUCCAACUCUAAGGUUGCUUCACAAAUACCCUUUUAUCCUGCCACACCAGCAGGUUGAUAAAGGAGCUAUCAAAUUUGUACUCAGUGGCGCAAAUAUUAUGUGUCCAGGUUUAACUUCUCCUGGAGCUAAGCUGUACCCUGCUGCGGUAGAUACGAUUGUAGCAGUCACAGCGGAAGGAAAACAGCAUGCUCUGUGUGUUGGGGUCAUGAAGAUGUCUGCAGAAGAUAUUGAGAAAGUCAACAAAGGAAUUGGCAUUGAAAAUAUCCAUUAUUUAAAUGAUGGGCUGUGGCACAUGAAGACAUAUAAAUGAGCCUCAGAAGAAAUGCAUUUGGGGGGCUAAAUGUGGAUACUGAUUGUGUCGUAUGUGUGUUUGUGUCUGUGUGUGACAGCGUGAAUACAAUGCCUCUGUGGUUAUGCUAAAUAAGUUUAACAGAUACUUUAUAGAAAACAAAUCAGGGUGCUCUUACCACAGAUGAAAAAACAAAUUAGGGGACAAGCAGCAAGCAGUCUGCUACACUCUGGAAUGUGAAAGGAGUGUCUGGACUCUGUGACUCCCGGCAAACUCCACAGCCUCUAGUUGUCUUCUUAGGAAGCUUGGAAGCAAUCGAGAAUGGUCUAACAUCAAGAUGUCUACCACAGGGCCCUCCACAAAAGCAGCCUCGGGGACUCCGGCCUUUCCUUGAGACCUGCAUCUCUUCCCUUCUUCAUCGCCUGCUAGUGAACUGAGGCUGCUGCUAACCUUCUUCAUCCUUUGGUGGCAAAGUAGAAAGAUUCCAGAAUUAACUCGACCUUUCUAAAGACCUGGGCUCAGUGGCAGCUGGCACUGACUGAGCACCCGCUAUGUGCCAGGCACUGUGCUGAAUGCAUUGUAAGGACUGUCUUACUUAUUCCCCCACAGCAGCCCUAAGAAGGGGUGCUGUUAUCCCCUUUUUACAGAUAAGAGAACUGAAGCUCAGAGAGGGCACUGCCUUCCCCAAGGUCACCCAGCUACAAGUAACAAAGCCUGUGCUUGUAACACCAAAGACCACUUCCCGCUGACACUGUGCCAGGCUUGUAAGUCUCUCUCUGGGCCUCCAUUCCCUCCUGUAGGAAAUUGGAGGGGUUGGGGUGGCUCCAGUGAGCUCUCCCCUUCUGAAACUCAUACUAAUCUGGGGCAGCCAAGGCUUAGCCCCGCCAGCUUGUGAACCUCUCACAGUGCCCACAGC